CUCACCGACUUGGGAUUCCUCGAGAAGACGAAGCACCGGAAAGCUGGAAAGAGGAGGGCCGCCUCAGGGCCAAGGGCUCCUCCAGUCUUAAAUCUCGAUCCCUCCCCGUCUCCCUUCUCGUGUGCCCGUCUUUCUCCCCGUCUUCCUUUCGGAAUUCGCUUUCGGCGCCGUCGGCUCAGCCUCCGAUCGCCUCUCCAGAAUCUCGAGCACGGGGACUCGAUCGGCUUCGAGGUGGCGAUCGUGGUGCCCAUGAGGAGGCAGAAUGAGAGGGAUGAGGGCGCCGAUUGCAUCGAAUUCCGUGAACGGGAGUCGAUGAGGGCGAGGUUGACUGUCGAGAGAGAGGGUGCGUGGGGAAUUCCGAUGAAGUCGUAGAGUUUGGGUUUUGGAGUUGCCACUUGCCACUUGUGGUUUUCCCCUUUGAUUCUAAAUCUUUGUCAACUUUAGGUAUUUUUACAUGAAAUUGUUCUGGAAAAUCGACGUUCCUCUGCAGCUAGGGCCAGCAAUUCUUAGGUACUUAUUCAUUUUCUUAAGUUAGGGCCAGCAUUCCUUAGUGCCCUUCUGGCGAUUAAAGGAAGAAAGAAAAAGAAUCUUUCUUUAUGUUGUCAUUGAUAAAGAUGAAAAAGAAUCUUUCUUUAUGUUUUGAUGGGAGUUUAAGUCCAUCCAAAUCUUCUUUUAUUGAUGCGGGAAAUGUGAACUGCAUUGGAAAAGGGAAGGACUUUUUCUUUUUCGUUUUUCUUUUAUCCUCAUCUCUUUUGUCGUCUCACACUUUUGUUCCUCAAGUCCACUUAAUAUUACCAAAUGAUGCUUCAUUUUCCGUUAGAGUGGCUAGGAUGUUACAGUUUCUUGCAGUUUGGUGUGUUUGGAGGCAGGGAAUCCUCCGUGGUGGGAGGAGAGAGAGGGAGGCAGAGUCGAGUUAAAUUUGCGCUUUAAUUAUCCAUCGCCCUGGUACUUGUCUCAUGAUGUGGUGCCACAUUGAUGCCCGAGUGUGACGUUGCUUCUUGUGCUUCUGUACAACUACUGCUGGUCGUUUUCUCAAGGGAUUGAGUCCCCUUACCGUAUCUUUAUUAGUGAAUAUAAAUUAGGCCUUAAAAAGAGGAAGAGUGAUUGAGGGCUUGUGAGGGUGGUAUCGGGAAACGGCAUGUCUUAUUGUAAAUGUAAGACAUAUAGGUUGACCAUCCCUAGACCUCACACUAGCAGGAGCCUUAUGUACUGCACUGCCCCUUUUGGGAGAUUAUAGCCCUUGUAACCAUUUUCACUUGUGUCAAGUCACUGUUCUGGCGCAUUUCCUGUUAAAGUUGAUUGCUUAGAAUUCAUGAUGGUUGGUUUCUUUUCUUUUCCAUUACUUGGUUCUUUUGAAUGUUUUUGUCAAUAUUCUAUUAUUUUUUAUGAAUUUAUUCAAAAAGACCCAUAUUUCCUCCAUGUUCUUUUUCAUUAACCCAUUUGUCUGUUUUUACAUCUUGAUAGAAUUGUUUCAUAUUAUGUUCUCUGUUAGAAUAUCACUCUGGAAUAACGGAAAGAAAAGGAAUAUUACUUUAUGCUGCAAUAAGAAUUGCUAAUAGCUUUAGCAUUUGUGCAAAAUUCUUAGGUUCUUGCUGUUUUUUUUGGUCUUUUAAAUCUGUUUUUCAGAUCCUUUGACUUAUGAGCCAAACUAAUAUUCGGCCACCUUCACGAUGGGUUAAUUAUCCCUUCCAUUACUUAAAAAGAAAAUCUGUCAGUUUCACCAUUGAUGCAUGAAAUCUGUAACUUUCAGAUCCUUUGACUUGUGAGCCAAACUAAUAUUCUUUGUCUCUCUUUCUUUCCUUCUUUAUUUCUUUCUUUUUAUUCUUGUCGUCGUCAUCGUCAUCCUUCUCGUCACCUUAACUUUUUGAUAAUAGUGUGUUUAAGCUAACUGAUGGACAUUUCAUUUUAGCCUUCUCGUCACCUUAACUUUUUGAUAAUAGUGUGUUUAAGCUAAAUGAUGGACAUUUCAUUUUAAUGGAAGGUUGUUACAAAUGUACAAUGGCUUGCUUUUUAAGUUGGGAACUUCAUCUGAGGAUAGAGGGUUAAUUAUAAACUUGCAGCUUGCUGAUUUAUCUCCUGAACAUUUGUCUCCUAUUGUUAUAUUGGUGACAGAUUUACACCCUUCGUUUACCUGUAAAACCAGGGAAGAUAACUAUCAUCGAGAAAAAAUGUCAUCAUCGUAUGAAAAAUCUUUGAAGAAGGAGAUCUUGUUUUUCGGUGGAAAAGUAAUGUUUUCCAGUAGGAACUAUGACAAAUUAAAAAAACUGAAUAUUGGUCAUAGUCAAAUUAAUGGUAACACCUACAAAGAUACAACUUCCUCCAGGUAUUCAUACUUACUCGACGUUCAUUGUUCAAGAAUUACAAUUUAUCAUGACAAUGAUGAUGACAACUCGGGGAAUAGUAAUUCUUACCUGGGGAGGAGUUCUUUCUUACCCGGGGAUAGACGAAAGUAUUGAAAUGAUAGCAUUGGAGAAUAAACUAAUAAUUGGCAAAUUUGCAUAAUUUGAAUAUAAGUGAUCUAAACAUGAAGGAUUGAACUUUGAUGCAGAUUUCCUGGAGUUGGCUCUGUAGUUUGGAAUGAUCUUGAUGUUUGCAUGUGCAUUUCCUCUUCUUAUCUUCUGCUUUGAUAGGAUGCUAAAAUAGAUAUAGACACUGAAUAAGCAUUCAUUAACAGGAGCCAGCUUGGGUGAGAACAAAUUGCAUGUGAUGUAGCUUAGGCAACGGACACGUUCUCUAAGCAAUUUUUCAGGAGCAUCUCCACUAUAGAAAGAACGCAACAAUACUGCACAUAGCGGAAACCACUGCAGGUUUUGUAGAAUAUGUGGUGGCCUCUUUCUUUUUUUCUUUUCUUUUUUUUUGUCAGCUUACCCAUCUGUAGUUUUUAGGAGGACUACGAGAAGAUCUUUCCCUUAUUCAUUUUUAUUAUAUUUUCAUAUGUUGUUUUCUUUUUUCUUUGCUGUGUUGUGUCCUUUGUUGUCUUAGUGUUUCUGGUAAACAUAAUCAUUGAUACCAGUAAAAAGAUGUUUCUUCCCAUUAUUGCUAGAUUUUCCAAUUCAAGCUGAACAAGAAUGCUUGUCAUGCAGGACUAAUAGUAUACAUUGAGAUUCCUUCUCUGUACUAAUCCGAUUAGAAAGGGAUGUGCAAGCUCUGAGGAGGGUUAGAUAGUCAGGAAACAAGACAUGCACAGGAAAGAAUGGGUUGCUGCUCAGGAUUUUUUUAUUUUUUUGUGAGCUCGAGAUUUAUCUCAAAGCAGUCUGAUUCACUGGAAUUGACUUUGAGAAGGAUGGAAGCUGGAACUUGUUGCCUGAUGGUCAAGCGCUACACUUGACAGUUUGGAGGUGCUUCUAAGAACUUUGAGACUUGGUUUUUAAGUAGCAGUUUUGAAUUGGCCACUGGCAGAACGCUAAUGCAUAAUACUUUGUAGAAAUUGUUUGAGCUUUCCAACUACACUGGAUUGUUUCAAACUUUUAACUUGUCUACUCAUCCAUUCCAAAAGCCUGGCUCAAAAUAAAUGACAAGGAGAUCAGUAUUGGAGGCUUGGAACCUUGGCACUAAUGUUCAAUAGUUACUUUUCCUUGGCAAUGCCCUGUGUUGCAUACUAUCAAAAGGAUUUAUACUUGCAAUAAUUCCAAGGUUGAUGCAGUAGCUUUAAGCCUUACCAACCAGUUUCCCUAUAGUGCUUGGAAAUGAACCAGAUGAGUGGUCUGCUCAAAAGCAUCAAUCUACACUUGUACGGAACAAACUGGUGCAUGUUUCCUUCCUUUCAUUUAUGAAUUAUUUCUAUGGAUUAGACAAUAGGAAGAAGGAGCAUAUCCAUGGAUUUCUUUGUACCAUAUUAAUCAGAGUGCUAAUCUGGGUUAUAGGCAGGGCACUUAUACAGGAGAUUGGAAGUUCCUCUAGUAACAUGAUUGUUCAAGGAUGGAACUCGUCCUCAGUACAAACUUUGUCCAGGUGUUUCCUCUGUUGCUUAAAAUAAAUCUGGGAGCAGCUUUGCAUGAAAAUUACCACUUAAUUGUUCUGAGAAGAAGAUGUUUUUGGUUUUCUAAUUAUUUGACUUAGAGCUUUGACCAAUUUCUCAUCGACUAAUUGUCUCAUUUCCAUACUUAUUGCAGCUCCUAGUUUCAAGAUUUUGUGAACUUUUCAGUUCUUUGUGUGAAAAUGCAUACAGAUUAUGAUUAGCAAUGUGUUUGAGGGGGCAAAAAUUAUCAAAAAGUUUCUCCUUUAUUUGUAAAGGUUGAAACUAAGUGUGAACUUUCUUGGAGAAGGGCAUGUUCUCAGCAAAGUGUGAAUGAGUUGUAUGGGAUCUGGCAACUCACCUCAGGCAUGCAUUAUUUUUCCCCGAAAGCUACCUGUCUCCUGUUCUUUGGAAAGAAUUAUUUUGCAGAAGAAAGAACAUCAAGUCUUCCAACACCUGCAACUCUGUUGAAAACUCCCAGGUUGCUCUCACAUUGACUGAAUUCAGGGUCACGAAAACGGGUUAACGGGUCCGACGACGCCCUUUAUUAGACCCCGCGACGGCGGCCGCAUGCUCUCUCGCUUCUUCUGUUCCCAAAUCGCCCCCUUCGCAUCUUCUUCGCCGGACGAAUCGAUCGGACGAAGCGGGGACGAGUAGAAAUCCUCCUUCGAAUCAGCUUAGGCGACGAUGGCCGAUUACGCUCAGGAGCAGGAGAUGGAGAUCGAGGCGCUACAAGCCAUUCUCAUGGACGAUAUCGAAGAGAUCGAUUCCAGUGAGAGUGGGCUAAGCACUCAAAAUCGGUGCUUUCUUAUUUCACUAACUCCGCAGGAUAAUGAUGUGGAUGAGUCAAUUUCAACUCCAGUUAAGAUGGGUCUGAUAUUUUCUCACACUGAAAAGUAUCCUGACGAACCCCCACUUCUGAAUGUUAAAAGUUUAAGAGGCAUUAGGCCAGAAGAUCUGACAAGUUUGAAAGAAAAGCUUCUCCAGGAGGCAUCUGAGAAUCUUGGCAUGGCAAUGAUUUACACGCUAGUCACAUCAGCUAAAGAGUGGUUAAGUGAAGCGUAUGGAAAUGAUGUUGGAAUUGAAGAUUCUGAAGAAAAUGAUGCAGUUAAAGAUGAGAUUAUUGUUCCACACGGAGAACCGGUUACCGUAGAAUCCUUUGUUUCUUGGAGAGAAAGAUUUGAAGCUGAACUAGCACUAGAGCGAGCCAAGUUAAUGCCAGACUCUGCUUUAACAUCAACAAAGGAGAAGAAGCUUACUGGAAGACAGUGGUUUGAGAGUGGAAGACAUGCAGUGAAAGGUGCAACUACAGUUGCUGAAGGGUCUGAAGAGGAAGAGGAAGACAUUGAGUUUGAUGACGACUUUGAAGAUGAUGAGGAAGACAUGCUUGAGCAUUAUUUGGCGGAGAGGUCUGAGAAAUCAUCCGAGGGAUCCAGGAAGUGAACAAAGAAUACAUAGUCCUCCCACUUCAUAUCAAGUCUGAGAUCUUUUUAUUGUCCUCCAACUUUGAGUUUGUUCUUUUUCUGCGUCUUCUUUUUCUUUUACCAAUUUCACAGCUAAGAAAUUGAUAUAUCUUGCGAGAUUUUGACCGAUUCUCCCCAAGUCUGAAGUGAUGGCAUCUCCCCAAGUCUGAAGUGAUGGCACCUCUCUCUUGUAUGUCUUUGGUCGAUAUUAAGCUAAUCCAUCAUAGUAGUUAUAGCAGCAGCACCACCGAUUGCAUGCUGAUUGAAAAUUAAAUCUGAACUCUUUGAUCGUGUUGUUGUUGUCGGUCUUCAAAUGUUUACAUGUAUUAUUACAUUAGUAGAAGUGUCGGUCAUCGAAUGGCUUUUAGGUUAUCUUUGACAUUGGCCUCUAUGAUAUAAAAGACGUGAUGAAUCAUGGAA